AUGGGCAUUUAUCUGUGGUGCGCGGCGGUGGAUACAAAGCAAUCGCCACUCAGGAAGAGGAUUUUUGAUGCCUACAAAAAGAAAAAUGCCAAAAACAAACUGUUUUACGAACUGGCAGGAGUGAACGCUGUCAAGUUUUUGUAUGGAAGAGGAUGGAAAUCCGCUCACCUGAUAAACAACGCCUUCGUAUGCGCUUCAACUAAUGGCAAGACAAACACCGUUGAGCUCUUGCUCAAUACGGGUCUCAUCACUGGAAAGUUUCUUAAUGACGCCUUCGAGGCUGCUGCGGGGUUUAUCGGAGGUGUUCACUUAGAACGAGUGGCGUUCCUAUACAACAACCGACGCACGUGCCUAAGGACACUGGGAAAUGAAGAUAAUACAAAACCAAUCCGACAGGAAGAACAUAUUUCUGACGACACAGCCAUUAAAGCAUUCGAAAAAGCUGCUGCAAGCGGAGAUAAUACCUACUCCAAUAUUCGCGAUAAGAGCAAAAUCGUAAAACUACUGAACAAGGAACAAUGCAUCCCCUAUGAGAUGAUCUGCAAAGCGUUCGUCGCUGCGGUAUCCAACGGUAACACGGACGUUGUGGGUCAUCUCCGUGACGAUCACCGCUUUUCUUCUGAAUCCAUGGCUGUUAAGAAGGCUCUUAUUGUUGAGAAUCCAGACGUGAUGAAGUAUUUGGUGAUACUACUAACCGAGGAAGGGCGCGUGCCGCGAGUGUGGAAGCACCAAGCACUCGUGCCUGCUGCCAUGAAGAAGAUCACGUAUGCGCUGUUUUUCCUAACUAGCUACGAAAUGGAGAGUGGCCUCUGGACAUACUGA